CAGGCUGCAUGCUGUCAAGGCCUUAGUACUGAGCUGUACAAAUGUGACAAGGUUCUCUGCUGAGAUCAGGUUGUGCUUCUUUAAGAGAUGGAUUUUGCAGAGCAAGCUCCUUUUCAUAUUGUCACUCCUCUGAAAGAGAGUCGUGCUUUAUCCAAAUUGGCUGGGACUGAAGUUCUCAUGAAACUGGAAAAUGUUCAGCCUGCAGGGUCUUUCAAGAUACGUGGGAUUGGACACUAUUGUCAGAAGCUUGCGAAGAAAGGCUGCACGAGGUUUGUCUGUUCCUCAGGGGGUAAUGCUGGGCUUGCAGCAGCUUAUGCUUGUAGGGGACUGAACCUCCCAGCAACCAUUGUUGUUCCACAAAGUACUGGAGCAGAUAUUGUACAGAAGCUGCAGGAUCUGGGAGCUGAUGUUGUGAUAAUUGGAAAGGUCUGGGAUGAUGCUGAUGCACAUGCUCACCAGCUGACUGAAACUCCUGGCAGUGUGUAUAUCUCUCCAUUUAACCAUCCUCUCGUCUGGGAAGGCCACUCCAGCCUUGUGUGUGAACUAAAGGCCUCUUUGGGUUCUCAGAAGCCAGGGGCACUGGUUGUUUCUGUAGGGGGUGGUGGGCUCCUGGCUGGGCUAGCUGAAGGGCUGAAGAAGGUGGGCUGGUCUGAUAUUCCCAUAAUUGCAAUGGAGACUAAAGGGGCCCACUGUUUGAAUGCAGCUCUUGAAGCAGGAAAACCCAUCAGCCUUCCAGAUAUUACCAGUGUUGCCAAGUGUCUCGGUGCCAAGACAGUAUGUGACAGAGCCUUUGAGUGUACAAGGGAGCACAACGUUAUUUCCAUUACUGUUGAUGACAGAGAAGCCAUACGGGCUGUGGAAAUGUUUUUGGAUGAUGAGUUAAUUUUUGUGGAGCCUGCAUGUGGAGCUGCCCUUGCUGCUGUCUAUUCAGGACAUAUCCAACGCCUGCAGCAGGAGGGAAUCUUGAAGACACCCCUUGACCCCAUUGUGAUGGUAGUGUGUGGAGGCAGUUCGAUCAGCAUUUCUCAGCUAAAACACUUCAAAUCCCAGCUGAAUAUGAAUUGAAAACUCCAAUAAAAUCAAAUUAUUCCC